CGGGGGGAGGCGCAUGCCGCAGGGAGCGGGCGAGGCCGGGCCGCGGUGCCGCUGGUGCUGCCGCGCCCGCCCGGCGCUGCCGCGGGAGCAUGAACUGGCUGUUCCCCCUCGCCAAGGGCGGCGGCUCCGCCUCGCCCGCCGCGCCGCUGCCGCCCCUCACCAGCCUCCAGCAGCAGAAGCAGCGGCAGAUCGAGUCCCUGCGCGGCGCGCACGCCUCCAUUGCAGAAAUACAGAAAGAUGUGGAAUAUCGACUGCCAUUCACUGUAAACAACUUGACAAUUAAUAUUAACAUCUUGCUUCCACCUCAGUUUCCUCAGGAAAAACCAGUCAUCAGUGUUUUCCCACCUGUGAGACAUCAUUUAAUAGACAAGCAGGGAGUAUAUGUCACUGGUCCAUUAAUAAGUAACUUUACAAUGCACUCAGAUCUUGGAAAAAUUAUUCAGAGUUUACUGGAUGAGUUUUGGAAGAAUCCUCCAGUUCUGGCUCCUAGCUCAACAUCAUUUCCCUACCUUUUCAACAAACCAGCUGGAAUGCCUCCUUAUGCUCCUCAGGGGUUUCCAUUUCUUCCUCCAUACCCACCUCAAGAAACAAGUAGAACAAUAGCAGCUGUACCCGUUGCUGAAUCAGUUUCUUCAAGCUACACUGCAGACAAGCCUGCUGCUCCCUCUUACGGCUUGAUUGCUGAUCUGCCACUACCUGUUCCAAGAGCAGAAGCAGUGCUUCAGGUUGGCCAGAAUGGAUUUACUUACAAGAUGCCUGAUGUUCCUGAUACCUUUCCAGAACUCUCAGAACUAAGUAUAUCGCAGCUGACUAAUAUGAACGAGCAAGAGGAAGUGUUACUGGAACAGUUUGUGACUCUACCACAACUGAAGCAAGUCAUUACUGAUAGAGAUGAGUUGGUGAAAAGCAUUGAAGAGCUGGCAAAAAAAAACUUGUUGCUGGAGCCAAGUCUUGAGGCUAAAAGACAGAUGGUGUUGGAUAAAUAUGAGCAACUCACACAGAUGAAAGCAGCCUUUGAAAAAAAGAUGCAAAGACAGCAUGAGCUUAGUGAGAGUUGCAGUCCAAGUGCUCUGCAAGCCAGACUUAAAGUAGCUGCUCAUGAAGCUGAAGAGGAAUCUGACACUAUUGCAGAAGACUUCUUGGAAGGCAAAACAGAAAUAGAUGACUUCCUUAGCAGUUUCAUGGAAAAGAGAACGCUCUGCCACUGUAGACGAGCCAAAGAGGAAAAACUUCAACAGGCAAUAGCAAUGCACAGCCAAUUUCAUGCUCCGCUAUAGACUUCCUGCAAGCUACACCUGCCAAGAGAAUGAGUGAAAAACCCAAUAAAGCACACUUUUUAAUAACUAUUAUUUGCAAAUAAGCAUUUCAUCUUGUAUGGUUGUAUUUAUAGAAGAGAUUGUAUACAGAGUUGGGAUGGGUUUUGUACAAAUUAGAAUGUCUCUUUAUAUUCUCAUUGUACUCAAGAAUCCUUCUAUUGCAAUCUUUGCACUAAUUUCUUGUAUUUAUUGUUGAUAGUUCUUAAUUAUAUUUAAGUUCCUGCUGCUAUACUUCAUUCUUCAGAGAUUAAAUAUCUAAACAUGUAAUUUUGACUAGCUUUUUACAUUUUUAUAAAAACAUAAUUCAUAUCUUUUGUAUUUUGGACUUUAAACAUUAGAAUUGGCUUGAUCUGUGGAAACAUUUGAGAUAAGUAAUGACAGGACUUUGAAAACUGAAGAAGUUCAAAAUUUGAGAUUGUCAGUGGAUCCAAAAGCUGUCUUUUCUUGAAGCCAAAAUGUUUAAGAACAGGUGUUUUUUUAUUUUUAAGUUAUAUAGAAAACAGUAUAGCCUGUAUUGUGUUUUGGAUUAAGCAAAGGAUGUGUUGGAACAAAUUAUAUUGGAAUCAAAAUAGAAUAAAUGAUCUCUGCGUAGAUUUGGUAUGUUGCUCGGUAGCACUGAUGCACUUGAUUUCAGGAGUGGCUUGGUACCUACCACUGUAAUUAAACACAAUUUUCAUUUAACAAUUUCAUUUUCAUAUUUGUUUUUACUUAAAGGAAAAAUAAUCACAUCACUUCCCAGUGUCUGUCUUAUGCAAUAUGAAUAUAUUCAUCAUGUGAGGAACUCAAAAGCACUUUACAAAAACUAGUUCUGAAGUUCUUUGUGAAGUAGCAGUUAUUUGUUCCUAACUUUAAGGAACAAAUAAACUAAUUUGGCUGGAGUUGCAUAGUGUGGUAUGUUAAGGCCGGUGAUUGAUAGAAUUUGGAAGUGAGGCUUAAUUCUGACCCUUAAUCACUGCAUCUUGCCUCUGGUGAGCUGACUGGGUUUUAGGAUGGCAGUAUAUCUGGUGAGAAUGGAUAGAACCAAGUGCAGUAUUCUGUAACAGAAAAAUAUAGCCCCUAAAUGCAUGCAUGUAUGUUAUGUCUUGCUCUUGCAAAAAGACACAUUCUUAACCUUGUUGGUGCAUUAGGUUUUCAUGGAGACAAGUUCUGGAAGAACAGAAGAAAUUGUGCAGUUCUGAAAGAUAAGUAAGAUAAAGCACUGGUUAAGUAACGUGGCAGGAAUCCUGCUGCUUUCUUCUCAGGAAGCAGUCUGGAGAUAUACCUCUUGGCAAAGAUACUGCCUUUGUGUAACCUAGAUGGGGUCACAGAAUAUCACAGAUUCAAAUCUCAAACUAAAGCACGUCAGUCCAAGUGGGUACUUUUCUGUGUCGCUAAUAUUCAGUCAGUCCUAAAAUCAGUACUCUUCUAGGAGAAGAGUGAGUUAAGAAAUCAUGCAAGUCACUAGCCUGUGGAACAGACAUCUUGCAGUCUUCAAAUGGGACUUUAGUCUCAGCCCUGUACAGUACUGUGCUUGUCUGUCUUAAGCUACUGCCUUUUGGGGUGAGUAAGCUAUUCACUGGUAUUUGAUGGGAUUUUUCUUUGUAAAGAUGGUCUGAAUUCUGAGAUUAGAUGUCCUAAGAAAAUACAAGUAUGGUCCAAACAAGAUACUUAGGUGCCAGAUAAAAUCAACAGCUUUUAAGUGCCAUGGUUAAGCAAUAAUUUUAGAGUAUCUUCUUCCAAAACCCACUUCUACUGGCUAUGUAUAAUACUGCUUGUGUAUUGACAUAGCACUUCUGCUAAUGUGCUAACUAAAACCCUAAUUAAAAAUGAGAUUGCAUAGGUUUUCAAGUGGUUCUGGACUUGGGUCUCUGAGUAGCGUGGUUUCUGCAGCUGUGGUGAAGAGUUACAUUUAAGUCGUCUGUUUUACCUUCUUGGCAAACUCCAUCUGUUUUUGUGCUGAGUGUAUAAUUUUGUUUUGGAUCUUUUUCUGAGUAGCUAGCUAACAAUCUUAAAGACCAGACACACAAUUCUGUACAGGACUGUUUUGUUGUUACUGUUGUUUCUUCCUUGUAAGCAGAGAAAGGAACAGAUAACCAAAUAUCAUGUGCUCUUCCUGAGUUGGGCUAGUAUCUUCUGUAUACAUUUUAUAAUGUCAUGGAAUGACAGACUUCUGUCCUUACCUGCCCCCUCCUGUUGACUGUUAUGUGGUGUGUUAUGGUGCUUCACUGUGGCUGAACUUUCUAGCCGGAUGACAUCCAGGGGAUUUGCUUCCCAAAGUAGUGUAAGUUCUCAACACUUCAACUUUUCCUCUUGUGUUACUUUUGUAAAGUUUGCGAAUUUACAAAUUCAGGACUUCAUUGUAAAGUCCUGAUGAUAGUGGAGGAGAGUCUAGAAGAAAAUCACAUUGCUCAGUGCACGUUCUUAGUACAGUGUUUCUUGUUCAGCGGUACAAAAGUUCAACGUCUUCUCUUUUCUCCCUUUCUAUUCUAUAACUCAUAUCAUUGUUCCUAUUAGGAUUUUCUCCCCUAAUUUUUAGCCCCUUCUGCAGUCACAAACCCAUCCUCUAGAAAAGAAGUCUCUCUAUUCAGGAGUGCUGUACUGGGUUAGCUUCAGGUAUCCUGUCACAUGCAGGAAUGGCCAGCCUGUGCCUGACCUGUGAAGGACAAGCCAACCAGCUGCUGGUUGGUUCAUUUGUUUUCUUUUCUUGUAGUCUUACACUGGUUGUGCCAAUGGGAACGUGUUUUCUUUUAGGUAAUCUGCAUACCUUCACCAGAAGACUUAGAACUGGUAACAUUCUGUCACAGUAGGUUUUUUGGUUUCUAGCACUCUGUUAGUUCACAGUUGAGCACAUUCUUCACCUUAUUUUGCCGAAAGAUGGCAUGUAGGUGUAAAUCCAGCUUUAAACAAUUCCCUAGGAAGUGUAAAAGAAUGGCAGCUGCUGUUGGAGGCAUAUUCUAAAAUCUUUGAUAUGUGUCAAGUGAACUCUUAAGAUAUCUGGAAUAAUAGGGUACCUACAGUGUCUUGUUUCUGGAGCACCUUGCACUAUGUCAUGCUCUUGCUGUGGUGUUCUGCCAAGCGGAAAAGCGAAGUAAAUGAGCAAGAAAUACAAGAGUAAAGGAGGUAGCUUGUCUCUGGUGUUGCAGUAGUUUGGGGUGAGGGUACAUUCUGUAUUAUAACUGCUAAUUGAGUCUGGGUUUUGGUUAAUUUUAAUACUUGAUCUUGCUGCUGAAUGUUUUCUUAGCUCAGUUUAGACCUCUUGUUCCUCCUCGAGUCAAGUGAUUACUUAAAUCCAGAAGAGAAUUCUCCAUAUAGCAAUUGUAACUGAUGCUAUUGCAGACAAGAGAAAUUUCAAAAUGUAAGUCUAAAAUCAAGUAGGUUUCAUUUUAGGAUGAUCUUGUAUACAGCUGAUGUUAAUGGUACAUUCUGCUGCUGCUUAUAGAAUAAAGGUUUUCCUAGAUUUCAGAGUGUAUUUGGCAUGCUAACCUUUCUGAAGGAUGGGGAUUAUCAGGUAUGUACAGCUAUGCUAGCCACCACUACAAGCAACAGACUAUACUAAAGUUAAAGUAGUAUCUAAUGAUCUACUAUAGUUUUGUUGUUUGCUCUGUACCUACUUCUGCAGCUUUGCCACUUUGCACCUUGACCAAAUGUGGAAGUUAGAAAUGUUUUAGUCUCAUUUCUGUCCAGUUUUUUACUAUUCCCUUCAAAUAUGAGAUAAAUCUUUCUAAAAGAGAGAUUUAAGAGACCUUCAGGUAAAACUGAAUUAAAAUUCUGGCAACAAAGUUAAGUCAGUUAUCACAGCCUUAUUGUGUCUGUUAUUCUGAACCGUAAAUGCUGUAAUGUAUUCAAUUUACAAAUAAAGGCUUUGGGAUUUUUAAGA